UGCGGGGACAGCAGGGCGGACGGCGGCCCCGCCCAGCCGGCGCGGUUCCCAUGGGGAUGGCGGUGGCGACCUAGCCCGGCUGCAGGCGGCUGGGCACCGGCUGGGCCCAGAGGCUCCGGGAGUCGGAGAGGGAGGUCCCUGCGGUCCCCGUCGCCCCGGGGUUGCUCGGCCGGUGUCUUCUUCCGGAGGGAAAUGAGACCCGAAAUUAGAACCGGGGAAGCCCUUGGCCUUCGCGGUGCUCCAGCCAGCUCAAGUGUCUUAGAUCGUAUGAAGCAUAACGUUAAAAAGAUAGAUUAUCUUACAGCUCGGCUCGUUUUAGGGUGAUGGCUAGCCACAUCUUUAGCUCGAGGGGGUGAAACAGACUAUUGGAAAUUGGGUCGCCCGGCAGCCACCUGUAGGCUCCCAGCCUUGACCGCGAUGUGAUGUCAUUGCUAGGGGUGGAGUCCACACCUGGCCGGUCCUAAUUCUUUUAACUAGUGCCCUUGUUUUCUCCAGAUCCUGGUCCACAGCUCCUACUUGAUGGGGCUCCAGGGCGGUCCGCCCUCCACCUAUUCCGUAAACAGCGUUUAAACACUACAUGAAAGUCCAUUCUCAAGAAGACGUACUCCUCCUCCGUGAUGGAGAAAUAUGAAAAAAUUGGGAAGAUUGGAGAAGGCUCCUACGGGGUGGUGUUCAAGUGCAGAAACAGAGACACGGGUCAGAUCGUGGCCAUCAAGAGGUUCCUGGAAACCGAAGAUGACCCUGUCAUCAAGAAAAUCGCCCUUCGAGAAAUCCGCAUGCUCAAGCAACUCAAGCAUCCCAACCUCGUCAACCUCCUGGAGGUCUUCCGGAGGAAGCGGAGGCUCCACCUGGUGUUCGAGUAUUGUGACCACACUGUGCUCCACGAGCUGGAUAGAUACCAGAGAGGGGUACCAGAACAUCUCACGAAGAGCAUAACUUGGCAGACACUGCAGGCAGUAAAUUUCUGCCACAAACACAACUGCAUACAUAGAGACGUAAAGCCAGAGAACAUUCUCAUCACCAAACACUCAGUCAUUAAGCUCUGUGACUUUGGGUUUGCCCGGCUUCUCACUGGACCAGGUGACUACUACACAGACUAUGUGGCCACCAGGUGGUACCGCUCGCCUGAGCUGCUGGUGGGGGACACACAGUAUGGCCCCCCAGUAGAUGUUUGGGCAAUCGGCUGUGUCUUUGCUGAGCUGCUGUCCGGAGUGCCUCUGUGGCCAGGAAAAUCGGAUGUGGAUCAGCUCUAUCUGAUAAGGAAAACCCUGGGGGAUCUCAUUCCCAGGCACCAGCAAGUAUUUAGCAUGAAUCAGUACUUCAGUGGGGUGAAAAUUCCAGACCCUGAAGACAUGGAAACCCUCGAGUUGAAAUUUCCAAACAUCUCCUACCCUGCCCUGGACUUCUUAAAGGGCUGCCUCCACAUGGACCCUGCUGAGAGGCUGACAUGUGAACAGCUGUUGCAGCAUCCAUAUUUUGACAGCCUUCGAGAAGUUGGGGAGUUGACAAGGCAACAUGACAAGUCAGUGAGGAAGACCCUGAGACAGAGUCGGAAGCACCUGACUGGGGUAAAACUGGUGCACUGCUUUACAGAAACCUCCAAGUUGCAGUACCUACCUCAGCUUACGAGCAGCACCCUCCUCCCAGCUUUGGACAAUAAGAAGUACCAGUGUAGUACCAAGAAAUUUAACUACCAUUUGCCAAAUAUUUAAGGAGCGGGCAGAGUGAUGAAAAACCAAUCAUUUGAAGAAAAAAAAAUGUAGACAUUUGAUUCCUGUAGUGACCACACAUCAAGAGAAAACACAGACAGGAAGCUGGAGGCCACUUGGCAAGAUAUGAAGAGAAAUUCCAGAUCCAGACGCCCAUGCUUGGUGGAGCUGUCCAGAGAAGAGAGCAAAAGCUUGGGGUUUCACCGUUUGCGUAUCUAAGCAGCAGAGCUUAAAGACCGAAUGUGAACUGUGUCUACUGCCCAUAGCUGCAACAGAUGAUGUCGAAAGGACUUCUGCUUCAGUUUGCCAUAUGCCUCGUGUGAAAAGUGGAUUAUGGAAUGUCCACAUGCGUUUCUUUAGAUCUGUCUUGCCUUGAGUCCUAUCUCUACUGUUGUUUUCAAAUCAUAUUUAAGUAUGAUUUUGGUCCCUGAAGUCAGAAUGUUUGUGAUUCUAUUUCCUAUUUGCUCUUUCUUGAUUUUUGUGUUUGAAGACAUGUUUUAGGAUAUCUAAGUUGAUAGAAAUAUCUAGUCUUAAAACUUUGUAGGUUUUAUGCUUGUAUAACCAAUGAGAUACUUAUACAUCUCUUGCAUAUACUUUUAUCUUUAUCCUAAGAAAGGAUGCAUCAGAAAGGGAUAGAACAAGACCCACAGGCCUCACAGAAAGAACCUGUCAGCCAGAAAAUAAUUAUCACUCUGUUUUUCAGCUCACCCUCACACCUGAAGACUGUUCUAUAAGCAAAACUCACAUGAUCUGGAUUUAGAUGUAAUUGCUUGUGGACUUUAAGGUGAAUCAGGAAAUACGCAGAUUGCAAAUUGAUAUUCUCUCCUGAAAGUAUCUCUUAUUACAUUAUAUAUAUCAUGUCCAUGUAUAUGUCUGUAAAUACACACUCAUACACAUGUACAUAUAUGUAUGUGUACAUAACAUGCUAAUGAAUACAGUACAACAAAUGAGGAAGUGGUAAAACGAACACAGGGGAUUUUUAAACAGUGAGACUUAAAAUUAAAAUUACCUCCGACUUGGUUUAUUGUUGCUGGUAGCCAAGCUUUUCUCCGCUGUCCCCUGGACAUGGGCAUGUAAGCCUGUCUCAGUUUCUCACUAUCAUUUCUGGUUGGUGCUGCUGGUUCACAGGAGUUCUCAGACAUGCACUUCAAAGCUCUAUUUUCCUGCACCUUUACAACAUUUCUUCUGCACUCUCAUUUUUCUUCCUGUGUUAAUUUCAUGACAUCACUUAGCCCCGUUCACUUCCUGCUACGUAGUUUACUAAAUUCUGUUCAUUAAUCUUGGCUACUCCAAGGCAAAUUAAGGCUUCCUAAGUAUAUGAAGCUUCUUCCAUAGACCUGACGGUGGGUUAAAUAACAGCCCCGGUGUUAUUCAAUUCCUCUUAAAUAGCCAUGUUAAAUGACAAGGAAGGGUAUCAACUUCUGUGAAUAGUUAAAAUUGCCUCCCCCAACCCUCUUCUUAAAUCAAUAAACAUGUAUUUGAAGGAAG